AUGAUGAUGGACGGAGCCGAGAUGAGGAUGUUCCCCGGAGGACCGGCGCCGGGAGAGCUCCACUCCUUCCCCGGGAUGGGACCCCGCCGACACACCCUGAACCCCAUGGUGACGGGCACCUCAGUGCUGGGGGUGAAGUUUGAUGGGGGGGUGAUAAUGGCGGCGGACAUGUUGGGCUCGUACGGCUCUCUGGCCCGAUUCCGGAACAUCUCCAGGAUGAUGAAGGUGAACUCGUGUACCAUGCUGGGGGCCUCCGGGGACUACGCCGACUACCAGCACCUCAAACAGGUCCUGGAGCAGAUGGUAUCGAUGAGGAGCUGGUGGGGGGACGGACACAACUACAGCCCCAAAGCCGUCCAUUCAUGGCUGACCCGCGUCAUGUACAACCGGCGCUGUAAGAUGAACCCGUUAUGGAACACCGUGGUGCUGGCGGGAUUCUACAACGGGGAGAGUUUCCUGGGCUAUGUAGACAAACUGGGCGUGGCCUACGAGGCGCCAACGAUAGCCACCGGCUUUGGAGCGUACCUGGCACAGGUGAGUGUUCCGGGGGGGGGGGGGGUAUCGGGGUCCGGAGAGGUCUGA